CCUCUGAAAUCGUGACAGGAUUACAUCAAAUGGCGUUUCCGUAGUUUCCAGUACAGGUUCAUAGAAUAGUUGAAUAACGAUAACUUGAUUGGUUAUUGUCUACAAAUAAUAUAGUGACUGGGAUUUUGGUAGCGAGAUAGUGAACCUACUCUAAGUUCCUGAUCCCUCUGCAUUUUGGCAGCUAAAAGACCUGUAUAUACUGAAAUCAUCUUUGUUCUGUUUUACAGAUACUUCCAGGGCAUUCCGGAGGCAGUUUCAGAGACGGAGCAAAGAGGUGGUUGUGCAUGCUAAGGCGGAUGACGCAAUUCGAUUGAGUGUUAUAUUUAAUCCGCUUGUUGCCUAAUAUUCCUGCAACAUUAUCAUUACUCUCAGGCCAUACCAUUCUUUUGUACCCACUAUAUACUACUAUUUGGUUUCUUACAGUGUUGUUUUGGAAAGAGAAACAUCUUUUGUUAUAUCCAGAUACUGGAGGUAGAGGAACUCAGGAGGAUUCGUCUCUUAGUAUUGCAGUUGGCUCUGAGAAAGAUUGUACUUGUGCAUCUUUUUUCCUCGGUGUUACGCGAAAUUGUAUGUCAACCAAAAAAAUUGCUUUGCUUUCUUCAUGCACAAAGCGGAUGACAGCAGUAUACCGUCUUUUCUUUAUGAAGCUCAGGUGGAUGGCAGCACUACUGAUAGAUUUCUACAUCCACAUUCUUGCAAUAGCGUCCUGGGUUGUCUACAAGGAAUCCAACUGGACUACAUCAAUCCUUUGGGUGGUCUUGCUAGUAUGUUUAGGAAGCAUUACUACAUGUGGCUACAUUGUAUUGCAAUUGCUGAAGCUUUCAACUCAGGAAUCUUUACAGGAUCCAAUUUACUUUUUCCUAUUACGACGCCAGAAUAAGACUGAAACAGAACAAAAGAGGAGGUGUUCUAAUUUAACUGCAAGAAUUCUAUCUCUUGCUUUGAGCUGUCUGAUGCUAGGGACGUUGAUUUACACCAUUGUAACCGAUGGUUCUCCAUUUCGCAAAGAUAUUUUCACUCCGUGGUUGUCAGCAACAGUUAUUGAUUUCUAUGUCAAUGUUGUGGCUCUCUCGGUCUGGGUUGCAUAUAAGGAAUCAAGUUGGCUAAGUGCAGUUUUCUGGAUAAUACUAAUAAUUUGUUUUGGCAGCAUCAGCACAUGUGCCUAUAUUGCUCUACAGCUUUUCAGUCUCUCAUCUCAAGAUCCCAUCUACCUUGUUCUUUUCAGCAGUCGCAGCAGGGCAGAAAGAGGGUAUGAAGGAAUGUCUCAAACAGGGAACAUUGGAGAGGGUCAACUGAACAAGAACGUUUAUGGCUAAUUUGGUUUGAAUUGAUAACUGGACUCUUUCAUUAUUUUCUUUAACAAAAUACGUAAAAUAAUAAACUUCUGAUGUACAUAUAUUUGUGUGGAAGGACAAAAUCUUUUUUGUGAUAAUUAUUUAACUUUCUUUUGUGGA